AUGGUGACCUUUAGGCAGUUGGAGAUCUUGUUUGGGUUCAACUAUGGAGAAGGGACCAAGUGGAACUUCAAGGAAAAGGAACUCCAAAGGGUUUGGGCUACAAUCGCUGAUGGAGUACUCUUCCUCAAGGUCCAAGGGCUCAGAUCAGGAGCCCAGUGCUUGAGAUAUGUGCACAAGGCACUUGCCAACACCUUCUUUGCAAGGAAGGCACCGGGACAAUCAACGAGGGGGAACUCAAGCUUUCUUGACAUGGGAAUCAAGCCCAUUCUCUCACGCACAAGCGAUGGCAAGAGGAUCAGGGGAGAUAGAUCCACACAGGGAACUUGA